GGCUCGGGCCCAUGAGUGAGUGAGUAAGUAAGUAUACAGAAACUUUUCGGACAUUUUCAAGGGUGUUUGUAGGUAGAGAAAUUUUAACUGCAAAAGGGAAAUUUCAAGAUACAAUGGGAAGUUGCGGAGAUUGAAUGUCCUUUUUUUGAGUGUUAGCCGCGUUUCAAGUUUUGAUAAUUUAAUUUGCUCACUAUGUAUUAGAUACAUGGCAACAUAAUUUUUUAUAUUAGAACUAUGUAUUAGGUUAACUUUAAAAAUGAAAGGUUGGAUGUGUAUUAAUUCUAAUUUUAUAUAAAGUGCUUACAAUCUGAAUAAAAGUGAGGUUAAUUUGCUAGAGAGGAACGUGGAAUAUACAUAACUUGAAUGUAAUUUUGUGAAAGUUUUCUGUCAGCUGUUACCUUUCAUAUGUAGGAAAGUGAGAUAUAAGCGUUUUGAAACUCAGUGGGGUUCAUGGUUGUGGAAAUGUAUGUUUUAAGAUAGAAGGGGCAAAUACCACUAUGACCCUCAACUUUAAUAAAAUAUGUCGACUGUGUAUGGUAGAAGAUACACAGUUGUUACCACUCUUUCUACACGAUGACAAUCUAAUUGACAGAUUACUGACACUUGUACCCAUACUGAAGAUGAAUGUUGAGGAUGGUCUGCCAACCCAAGUGUGUCCCACAUGUGUGCAUCAAGUGAACACAAGCUACAGCUUCAAGUUGCAAUGUGAAUCUAGUGAUGUAACCCUCAGACAACUCCUAAACUUCCAAGAGAGACAGGUAUUACAGGAUGAAAUCUGUGAAGUUACCUCUGUGAAAGAGGAAUCUGAUGAUCAAAUUACUGUUGAUGAUAACAACUUAGGAUUUGAUGAUGACAGCCAUGAGAUAAAUGGUGGCUUCAACAGAUAUGACGCAGGCAAUAGUCCUCUCCUAAAUGACAUAAACCGAAUUCCACUCCUUAGUAUCUUCAACAAGGAAACAGUUAAUGCUGAAAAGAUUGCUGUUGGGCAGCAUCAUGAUGUUGAUCAAGAGUGCAAAACUACAUCGAGGAAAAUUCAAGUCUCUUCUUUGAGCCCUAAUGAGAGAGGUUUAUGUCAUGUUAAGGCUUCAAGAAAGAAACAUACGUGUAGCGAGUGUGGAAAGCAAUUUAUAUAUCACACAAAUCUCAAUCGCCACAUGUUGUUACAUAUGGGAACUGAAUCAUACACUUGUGAUAUUUGUGGAAAGCAGUGUGCAUUAAAGCACACAUUAAAAAUACACCAUAAAAUACACACAAGGGGUAACCAGUAUUUCUGCAAGGAAUGUGAUAAAAGUUUUGCACUGAGCAUAGAAUUAAAAAAACACAUGAAGUCUCAUAUAGAAUUUACUGAAACAGAUAAAAAGAAUUUUGUAUGUGAUGUCUGUGGACGACUCUUUCGCAUUAGAAGAAAUCUUAAACGUCAUAUGGUAGUUCAUACAGGAGAACGUCCAUAUGGUUGCCAUAUUUGUGGGAAGAGAUUUUCUGUUAAGAACUAUAUGAAGAGCCAUUUUAUGCUCCAUACAGGAGAAAAACCAUAUUCCUGUGAAGAGUGCGGAUCCCGUUUUGCACAGAGAAGUAAUUUGUCAACUCAUAUGAAAACUCACACAGGAGAACGGCCACACUCUUGUGUCCAGUGUGGAAAGAGAUUUGCAAGGAUAAGACACUUGCAGAUGCAUCUGAUUUGUCAUACAGGGGAGAGGCCUUUCAGCUGUUCAGAAUGUGACAAGUCAUUUGGGCGUAAAGAUGGACUACAGAAGCAUAUGUUGAUGCAUACUGGGCACAGACCACAUCUGUGCCCAUCAUGUGGUAAAGGCUUUGCAAGGAGCUCUCAACUAAAAGUUCAUGUAACAACACACACAGAUAUUAAACCUUUUACAUGCACAGAGUGUGGUAAAACAUUUGCUAGAAAAGAUCGUUUGAAAGACCAUCUCUCAUCUCAUUAUGGUACAAGGCCUUUUUCAUGUCAGAAUUGUAAAAAGGGAUUUGUAAGGAGGGAACAUUUGAAGUAUCAUUUGAACAGCACACAUGGGAAACAGAAAAUAAAUUCAUGACUUAACAAUCAGCGUCUUUUUGUGUGCUGUUAUGAUAUUUCAUAGUUUUCUGUUAUGUAUAUUUACGGAUGUGAUUCUCAACUUUGAUGACUUCUCAGGAACAGAAAUUUCAAACAAAUGAAGCCCAUAUAUAUAUAUAUAUAUAUAUAU